UAUUAUCUAAGCUGUUUAUUGGCUAGAAUUUUUUUUCAGUCGUCUGCUAAGUUUUGCCUUUGGGUGAAGGGGAAGGAGAAAAUGGCUGCGGUUGUGGUACUUCAGAGCGGAUUUCAAGCUGCAAAAAGCAGUGCAUUGCCUGCAUUUGCAGCUGGAAUACAGAAUGCCUCCUAUAGUACAGAUGCAGACAUUCACCCAAUCAAAAAUCCAAGUUUGUCGGCUCUCAAGAAGGGAACUGGGGGCCGGAGCAGUUUCAGUGGCACUGUCGCCACUGUUUUUGGAGCUGGAGGUUUCUUGGGGCGUUAUGUCUGCAAUAAAUUGGGAAAAAUAGGAAGCCAGAUCAUCAUCCCUUACAGAGGAGAUCAGUAUGAUAUUCUGAGGCUCAGGCUCACCGGAGAUCUGGGACAGGUUCUCUUUCAGCCAUUUCAUGCUAACGAUGAAGAGUCACUCUACAAAGCUAUGAAGUACUCUAACGUCGUCAUUAAUCUAAUUGGACGAGAUUGGGAGACCAAAAACUUCACGUUCCACGACGUCAACGUCAAAAUCCCACAAAGAAUUGCAAGGAUUGCCAAAGAGAGCGGUGUUGACAAAUUCAUCCAUGUCUCUCACUUAAAUGCUGCUGAGAAGCCAGAGGUUGCCUGGGUGAAAGGAGGGUCCAAAUACCUCCAAACAAAAUGGGAAGGAGAACAAGCAGUAAAACAAAUGUUUCCUGAAGCUAUUAUCUUCAAACCAUCCGACAUUUACGGCUCUGAAGACAGGUUUCUAAGGACAUUCGCUCACACGUGGCGACACCAGUACCACUUCAUGCCUCUGUGGAAGAAAGGAGAACACACCAUCAAGCAGCCAGUGUUUGUAUCUGAUGUCGCAGCUGGCAUUGUGGCCGCAGUCAAGGAGCGAGAAGCCAACGGACAAACUUAUCUGGCUAUCGGGCCCAAGAGGUACAAGCUGUCUGACCUGGUGGACUACUUCCACACUGUCAUGCGCAAGACAUGGAAGUCCUGGGAAUACUGGCGCUAUGACAUGAGAUUCGACCCCAUCUUCCAAAUGAAGGUCCAGUUCACAACCCUGAUUCCUGGGACACCCAUCGCCAACAUGGGCUGGGACCAGAUUGAACGGGAAUGUGUGAGUGACAAAGUGAUCCCAGGAGUGCCAACCCUGGAAGACCUUGGAGUGACCUUGACCCACAUAGAGGACCAGGUGCCGUGGGAGCUGCAGAUGUACAGGGCGUUCAACUACUACGAGGAACAACCCGGCGAAUUUGAGACUCCCGUACCCCCGCCUACAGUGUAGAGCUUAGCUAUUGUAAAUAUCAGUAUCACUGCUAAAUAAACUCAAGUUGUACGUUUGGUCUGUGUCGGACAUUUCCUUGCUACCUUAAACUUUAAAUUAAUUUUGUUUAAUUUGUUUAAUAAAUGGUUAAGUUUAA